UAUCGAUUCAUCUUCUGACGUGCCUGUCUGUACCUUAGCACCUAAGUUAAACAUCCCUGUAUUUAGCUAAUCUACCUACCCCUCUCCUCUUCAUUUUCAUUCAACCAAAACACACCAUCACAAUGAGUUACCAGCAUGUUCAUGAAGGUCCCUACUCUGACUACCCUCCACCAGGGUAUGGACCACCACCACCGCCGCAACCACAAGGAUACCCUGGGCCAGGGAUGCCACCACCACCGGGGUUCUAUAAUGCAGGCUACCCUCCACCACCACCACCUCCUGGACCCCAUAGUUAUCAGGGAUACUUUAAUGAUCAAUACCCUCCGCCACCACCACCUCAGCAUAUGUAUCAUGAUCAUGGUGGUGGUUAUUAUGGUGAUGACAAUGGAUGUUCUUCAUUCUUAAGAGGAUGUUUGGCUACUCUUUGUUGUUGCUGUCUUUUGGAGGAGUGCUGUCUGUAGGUGCUUCUAGUUGGCUGGACGCCAUCUUAUUGGUUUGUCAAAUUGCUAUGGAUUGUGGGCAUAAUCUUGAAGAUGUCAGCAGCCUUAUUAUGUAUGCACGAAGAACUUGUACUGUCAAAACACUUCUAUUGUUUGCUAUUUUGUGUUGUGGCAAUUGAAUUGUGAAGGAUGCGGUUGUGCUAGAAAUAUUAUUACACAACUUCUGGCUUUCUUAAUAUGUAAAUCUUGCUGUUACUGUCA